GUGAGCAUCGGUACGUACGUAUGCACCACACACGAAAUGAAUUCACACACACAUUCACACACAUACAUACAUGUAGGCUGUCUGUCUAUCUACCCGCGAUAUUUCCCUUUCCCCUUCUGACCGACCAGGCCAUUCAUGUACUUCUGCAUGAGGGUCUGGUACUCCUCAGUGGCCCACACACGCUUGACGGUCUCGGUCCCAGGCAGCGAUGGUAUCCGCCAGCGAAUGAAGUCCUCCAAAGUCAUGCGCGUGACCAUCUCGGGGUCGAGAGUGGCCGUCUCGAGUGAGCCGACGUGGUAGUCCUUGUAGCGGUCCUCAGGGAAGUGAACGUGCCGGCCUGCUCGUGUCGUCGUGCCCUGUGGCUGAGCUGCCUGCUCAGCUGGGGGCUGAGCUGCAGGUGCUGGUGGGUCAGCUGCCAUUGCUGGUGCCGCUGCAGGGGGCUCGUUGGCAUGCUGCUGCUGUGCGGGUGGCGGCGCCGGGAUCGCUGGUGCGGGUGCAGGUGCGUCAUGAUGCUGCUGCUGCUGCUGUUGUAGUGGUGGUGGUGGUGCCGCCUCGUCGUCCAGGUGGCCCGCACCGUCAUGCUGCUGGUCAGCGACGUCGCCAUUGCCUGGGUCCUGCUGUUCAUCAUGCUGUUGCGGAUCGGCCGCGCCAUGGUCGUGUUGGUCUGCACCUUCCUGCUCUUGUUGCUGAGGUUGCUCCCCUUCUGAGCCGUCGUUCUCGGAUGCAGCCGCAGCGGGCAGAGGGGCUGCUGGUGCUGGUGGUUGAGGUGCUGGUGCUGGCGGCUGUGGUGGAGGCACAUUUUGCUGGAUGAGUGGCGGUGCAGCAGGAUGCGGUUGAGCGAAGUAGCCGUGCGGUGGGCAGGGAGGUGGUCUUGGUUGUGGUGGUGUCGGCACGGCAGUAGUGGCAGGGAAGGGCGCCGCGGUUGUGGUCGUCUUGCUCGCCGUCUUGAGAGGGAAGACCGACUCGUAAACCGACACAUCACGUGACUCAACUACCACCGAACGAUCAGGGAUGAACACACAGUGCACGUCCUUUGUGUUCUCCUUCCUGCCCAGGUACACCCCCUUCUCAGCCUUGAAAUCAAAUGGAUGACGGCGAGGACCCUCAGGUGCCUUGCGUUGGUGGACGUAGGCGAGCGCACCAAAGGCAUGGAUGUCCUUGUAGUCGGGCUUGACACCACGAAGGGCUUCGAUGGGGGUCAUCAGACGCUCACGAGACAAGGCAGCAUGCGGCAUACGGUUCCUCAGGUAGGUCGCCCACUUGACGGCGUACGGCCACAGCAAGUCGCGAAACGCCCACAGUCCGCUCUGGUGCAGCAGCUUUCUCGACAUGUCCACGAUGAUGCCUAUGGAGCGCUCGACGAUGCCAUUCUGGUGCU